UCCAGAUACUUUACUUCACGCCCUGAACGAGACUUUACGAGAGAAAUUUGCUUACAAAACUAAUCAACAUAAACAAAAAAUUGUUUUAAUCCGCAACAGUCCAGGAUGUCUGAAGUACGUCAAAGAAACGUACCCGAUAGUUCAGAAAACUACACUAAGAAAGAGGAUGAUUUAACAGGAAAACAGGAAAGUAAGAUCCAGGAUUCAGAUGAGGAGGAGGAAGUUCCGCUUUUUAACCCAAAUGCCUCCAAGGAGCUUCCACAAGCAUCAGAUCAAACUACAGAGGCUAUAGACACUGCCCUCAAAGAUUUAACACCAAGAUGGCGGAAUUGGGUUAUACGGGGAAUAUUUACGUGGGUGAUGAUUGGUGCAUUUGGCUUGAUCAUCUAUCUUGGCCCUCUUGCCCUUUGCACCAUGGUUAUGUUGCUGCAGAUCAAAUGUUUUCAUGAAAUCAUCACCAUUGGUUAUGUUGUUUACAAGUCGUAUGAUCUUCCCUGGUUCCGUACACUCAGUUGGUACUUCCUGUUUGCAUCCAAUUAUUACUUCUAUGGUGAAAGUAUGAUAGACCACUUUGGUCUCCUGUUACAUAGAGCAGAGUUUUUACAUCCAUUUGUGAACUACCAUCGUAUAAUAUCAUUCUGCUUGUAUGUAGCUGGCUUUGUGUCAUUUGUGGUCAGUUUGAGAAAGAGACACUACCUUAAGCAAUUCACUAUGUUUGGCUGGACCCAUGUGACAUUACUUCUGGUUGUAACUCAGUCACAUCUCAUCAUGCAGAACAUCUUUGAAGGGCUUAUUUGGUUCCUGCUUCCAGUUUCUAUGAUUAUUUGCAAUGACAUCAUGGCAUAUAUGUUUGGAUUUUUCUUUGGAAAAACACCUUUAAUUAAACUGUCCCCAAAGAAGACAUGGGAGGGCUUUAUUGGUGGUGGCAUCUCUACAAUUGCAUUUGGAAUGUGUCUUGCAUGGUUCCUGAUACAGUUUGAUUUGUUGGUAUGCCCAAUCAUGUAUGAUGAUGACAAAGGUCAGAUGUCAAUGGAAUGUGAGCGUCAUCCAGUAUUUCUUCUAGAAGAGUAUAAUCUUCCAGAAACCAUUACCAUCUUCUUUAAACUGGUAGGAAUACCAUGGUAUACAGUAAAGAUGUAUCCAUUCAUGUUACACUCUGUCUCCAUGUCUAUAUUUGCAUCUGUCAUUGGACCAUUUGGAGGAUUCUUUGCCAGUGGAUUCAAACGAGCAUUUAAAAUAAAGGACUUUGGAGACACAAUACCUGGUCAUGGAGGGAUCAUGGAUAGAUUUGACUGUCAGUUUCUCAUGGCAACAUUUGUUCAUGUUUACCACUCUAGUUUUAUAAAACUACCAAAUACCUCCAAAGUUAUACAGAGUGUUUUACUGAUGAGUGUUGAUCAGCAGCGACAAGUGUUUAAUAUGCUAAAAGAUAAAUUAUCUGCUCGUGGAGUAAUAUAAUUCAGUAACAAAGUCAUUGUAGUAGAUAUUGCCUAGUCAUUGAUUGUCAGGCUUUAUAUAUAUUAUGUAAAUUUUUCUACCACCAUAAACCAUUGAAUUUA